CUCUGUCUCCAUCCCGCGACAUGAGGUGGAUAGGAUCCGAGCUACAUGGACAGGCGGUUUUUCAGAGAGGUAGACUACAAACAGCAUGACUUGUGUGAGUGAGUGACUGUGCGGUACACUGCAUGAGUGUCUGGAAAUUUACUGGCAAGAUGCAUGAACUUAUAGAAGCUUGGAAACCACUGCUGUGUUGUGCCAGUUAGCACACCUGAGAGUAACCGUUGUGUAGUCUGUCUGUGUCUGAGUCAGUGUCUGCUGGCAGGUGACGUCACACAGACCGGAUCCCGCACCCUGCCAUGGCGUCCAGCCUACCUGAUCACUUGAAGAAAUGGUUCCAGGCAUUGAUGACAGAACCAGCUACACUGGAGCUGGUCAAGGGUGUGGUGGAAGGCGAUGAGGCACUGGUGAGGUCUGCUCUUGCUAGGGGAGCCCGCCCUGAUGUCACCUUCCCCACUAUUGCUGGGUCGUCGGGGUGUCUGGUGUGUGUGGCUGCCAGCAGGGGCAACGACCACCUGCUGCCUCACCUACUUCAGGCAGGGCUGAAUAUAGAGGGUGGUGGCACCGAUGACAAGACACCGUUGAUGGAGGCUGCCGGGAAGGGCAACCCCCAGACAGUGAAGGUGCUGCUUUCGCUCGGCGCAAACCCUAGGGCGACUGAUAGGCAAGGACGGACAGCCCUUCACUAUGCUGCAGGGUAUGGCCACCAGGAGUGUGUGGCUGCCCUCCUGUCCGUCUACCCUGCCACUGCCACACACCUGGAGGGAGACACACCGGUGCACUUCGCCAGUUACCAUGGCCAGGUGCAGGUACUGGAGCAGCUGGCGGGGGCUGGCUGGCCUCUCACCGCCAGGGACAGUGGUGGCAGCACACCCUUGCACUAUGCUGCUGAGGGGGGACACAUAUCAGCUGUGCGGUGGCUGGUGCUGCGAGGUGGUGACCUGCGCGUGCAGGACAAGUAUGGCCACACCCCGCUGACCAUGGCCGUGCAUUGUGGCCACCACCAAGUGGAGACCUGGCUGGCCAAGAAUGGCGGCGGUGGCGUGAUUGAGGGCAGCGAGGCUCCGCAUGUGUCUGUGAAGGCUGUGAGGGAAUGGCGGAACAAGUAUGAACGCGACCACAACACAGUGUUGUCCUGGCUGGUGGAGGGCAACAUGGCAGCCAUGGACACCAUCCCCGAGGUCACGGAUGGUCACGUGGUGAGUCGGGAUGGCCUGACGCCCCUUCACGCAGCGGCACUGUGCGGGGCUCCCAGUGGAGCUGUGAAGUCUUUGCUGGGACGCGGCGUGAGCCCUCACGUGUUCACCCCUGACUGCCAGACCCCAGCCGACCUGGCACAGCAGAAAAGCCAUCGCCCAGUGAUUCAGGCACUGCACGCCCACCAGUGUCCACAGGGCGGCGCGUCCCCCGACCAGCUGUACGAGGAGCUGCUAUCAACAGUCAGUCGCGGGGACCACGUGCAGGAGGUGUCCCACCUCUUGUGCAAGGGGGUCCCCUUAGAGUCUUGGGGUGGCCACUCAGUCCUCAAAUUGGCUGUCACCAACGACCGUGCACGCACCGUCAACCUGCUGUUGGCGAGCGGCGCCUCGCUCUCUGCCAGCCUGCUGCAGAAGGCCUGGCAGAGCCCAAACGUGACACCCCAGGUGCUAGCCAGCCUCACCACCGCCUACUGCUGCCGGCUACGUGCGGAGAAGCGUCGUCUAGUAAAGAUAAGCAGCGUCCUUGUGAAAGGCAUCAAGAGUCUGCUGAAAGACAUCGAGGGGAAUACUCCGUGGAGGACUGCCUGGCGAUGGGGCAAAGGCACUGACCGAGCAGCUCUCAGCGACCUAUUGGCAAAGACCGCGGCCGCCAAUUGCCCAGUCACUGCAUCAUUCCUACACAGUGCAGGAGCGUGGACGUCCUUUAGCCAAGUUUCGCAUGGUAGUGCCCUGCACGCCGCGCUGGACGCCGGACACCAGUGCAUGGCCGAGCUGCUAAUCAGGGACCUCGGGGCCUGCCCCUACGUGCCAGAUUCUGUUGGUCGCCUUCCCCUGGAUAUAAUAACCCAUGAGGAGCGACGGUACCACCUGGAGCAGAAGCUUCUUGAGAUGGAGAGUGAAAAACUGGAGAAUAUGGUGCUUUCCUUGAAGGCAGACCACGAGAAAAAAGCUGCACGGACAGCGCUGCGUAUGCAGAAGGUACUUUUUGAGGAUCGCAAAAUUUCAAUAUUAAUUUCCUCAAUUGAUGCUCGCAACACUCUGCUGCUGGCAUCUCGCAAAUGUCUUCUUCAAUUAAUUUACUGUAUGCUGCAAAACGGUUGCAUUUUAGUGGACGAGGUACUGGAUAAUAUCUGCGGUACCACAGCACUCCACCAGGCGGCCUCGCACGGCCAAAACGGGUGUGUGGAGCUACUACUUAGCGCUGGCGCUAAUCAUCAGCAAGGCGACAGGUAUGGCCAGACACCGGGCCACUUAGCAGCAAUGUUUGGCCACAAGAGUAUUUAUGAACUCUUGGAACACCGAGGAAUGCAGGGCGCCACUUGCUAUGCAGGUGCCAAUUGCCGUGCGGGCACCACCGCCAUGCAAGUAAGAGAUAACUUUAAGAUAUUUCUCACUAAGUAUUGGAAAUACAACCGCAAAUUACAUUUACCAUCUGACCACCAUGAUCCCCAAAUCAUCACAAGAAAUCUUGUGAAAGCCAUAACAUUGGAAGAGCUGCAGGAUAUGACUAAGCAGGUGGUUGUAGAUCUGUCAAAGGGCGAGGCCCUUGAAGUGAAGGAGGCUGUCUUAUCAGAAAUAGGCAUCAUCAUGAGAAAGGUGUCUGCUGCUAAUCCCACCUACUGCGGUGACCUCAGGCUGGCAGGCAGUUCACAAGACGGCUCUAAGUUGUAUGCCCCCGACGAAUUUGAUAUAAACCUCGUGAUUCACGAGGAUGACAUAGAAGUAAAUGUUAGUAAGAGAGCGAAGGAGGAAGCUACACUGAAGGGAUCGUUUCAGAUUUCUAUAAAGACUAGCAAAGCCGACCUUCAAGGGAAUAGAUUCAUGGCCGGUCUGUAUGAAGAAGUGCACCGCUGCCUUGCUGGUCAUAUCUUAGAGGACAGAAGAUUGAGCCUGGUGCCGCCAGGUUUAACCAGCACGCAGGUGGGCGUGGCACUCACCCUGGCCUGGCAGGGAGAAGAGUAUCCACUGCUGCUGAUUGGCGUGGACCUAGUGCCGGUGCUGGAGGUGCCGUGGCUGGAGCACGUUUCGAGACCUUUCCUCACUCCCGAGGACACCACGACCAUGCAGCUCAGUAAUGCUGCAGACGGUACAUGGCGUUGUAGCUUUGCUCUAACAGAAGCAAAGGUGCUGAAGACCUUGAGCCCCGCAGAACGCCAGGUACAGUUGAUGGGAAAGAUACUUCUUUCCCGCCUCAAGGCAGAACCCUGGAUGCCUUACCACAAAAAAAGGUUUUUCAAAUGGUUUUCCACACGUGAGUGGAAUAUUGCGGUGCCAAGCGGGUUCUGUUUCAAGAAUGCGCUCCUACGGUGGGUACAGCAAAAGCGAUGGGAGGAGGUGGCAGGGACAUGGGACGCUAACCAUAUCCAGGAGUUGAAGGCUGGGCAGGAGAGGGAUCAUUCUCAAGAGUUGGGGGCUGGGCAGGAGGGGGACCACUCCCAGGAGUUGGGGGCUGGGCAGGAAGGGGAACUUCUCCAAGGAGUUGGCGGCUGGACAGAGAAGGACCUCUCCCAGGAGUUGGAGGCUGGACAGGAGGGGGACCUCUCCCAGGAGUUGGGAGCUAGACAGGAGGGGGACCAAUCCCAGGAGAUGGAGGCUGGACAGGAGAGGAACAUCUCCCAGGAGUUGGGGGCUGGGCAAGAGGGGGACCACUUCCAGGAGUUGGAGGCUGGACAGCAAGGGGACGAUUCCCAACAGUUGGGGACUGGGCAGAGAGAUCUCUUCAGGUGGGUGGUGCAGGUGUUUAGACUAAUGUGUGCAAAUCCAAAAGAAUCGCGAGAACAUUUGGCAACUCAAAACAGCUCCGCCUAUUUUGGAGGAGAAUGUGAGGGGCGGAAGUCUGGGGAAGGGGCGCCCGUCAUCGUGCAGUGUCUGGAGGAGGAGUUAGAAAAGUUGUGUUAUCCUCGGCCUUAGCCAAGACAGAAACCUUCUUGAAGCAAAAUUCAGAUUAACAAACUUUUACAUGUAAAUAGAUCAGUGCCUUAUAUUUGAUUCUGUUAAUAAAAAAAAAAGAAAAAUAUCUCACCUGUAAGUAUUCUUUCAAUAAUUUCUAAAUGAAAAUUAACAAUUUCAUAUAAAACCUACUAAAUGUUAUAUAUAUAUAU